GAGUAAAAAGCAAGUAGCCCUCACUCCAGAACUAUGAGUAGGUGACCAUAUUACUAGUAAUUGUGGUCAACUGGUUGAUCACAGGGAGUACAGUGCAAGACAUGUCCACAGGAUCUGUGAGUGACACUGAGGAUCUGCUGGAGUUCAGAGUGCUGGAGCUUCAGUAUCCAAAAUCUAAAGGAGGAGCAGGGCGCAGUGAGCUGCUGCUGGACCACUCCACUGACAACUCAGAAGAAGAUGGCAUUGCUGAGACCUCCACUGGCAAGAAGAAGAGGGACUGCAGGAGCCAACAGAGCCCAGACAAGAAGCAAGCCCCCAGGUCAUCCAAGGAAUGCAAGCAAUCCCAAAGAAAUGCAGCCAAUGCCAGGGAGAGAGCCCGCAUGAGAGUGCUGAGUAAAGCCUUCUCCAGGCUGAAGACCAGCCUGCCAUGGGUGCCCCCAGACACCAAGCUCUCCAAGCUGGACACCCUGAGACUGGCCUCCAGCUACAUUUCCCAUCUCAGGCAGCUGCUGCAGGACGACAGAUAUGACAAUAGCUAUGUGCAUCCUGUCAACCUGGUAAGAAUGAAGCUCCCAUACAGCCAGCACCAGUCGGCUUCAAGGGCUGCAUCAUGACAUGGCCAUUUGUGGUCUCAGGAAGACUGGAAUGUGAUCCUAAAGAAGUUAAUGUAUCCACAAGGCUUUGUGGGGCCACAGCAUAAGCGUCUCUGUGCUGCAUCCUCUUAUAGGAACCUGACCAAGAGGACUGAGGACUGAUGACAAGGACUGUAUACUUUAUGUGACCGUCAUUCCCAGGGUUCUAAAAACAAGUGUACUUAGGUUUAUGCCAUUUCAGUGGACAUAUGAUUCCAUCUAUGAAUGCACUCUAAAUAUGAUAUGAAGAAAAGCCAAUAUAUGGUAGAUUGUGGUGUAUGAAGCAGCGACGCUCUACGUGUCUGUUCAAAGCAGUGUUAUAAAACAG